UGUCAAGCCAGUGUCAGUCUGAUGAAGAUUGGCAUGCAGGCUCUUUUUGAAGAGUUGGACCCUGGGCCAGAGUGCAAACACAAGUGAAAGCUGCUGUGCGGCUGAGUGCCAGCUAACUUCUCAAUGUGACGCUAUCCCAUGAUGCAACAUGUGUCCCCAGCACCUGCAGUGAUAAUGAUGGCCACCCAGCGUGUUCCUCCACCAUCGUACCAGGAGAGCCAACAGAUGACGGGCACAACGCAGCAGAACAACAAGACCCCACAAGUCCAUAUUCCAGCAGCCUCUGCAGGAAGAAAUAACUCUGUCAGUGUGACUCUUGAUCCACAGACCCAACUUGAGUCUGACAAAAGGGCUGUUUACAGACAUCCGUUGUUUCCCCUGCUGGCAUUGCUGUUUGAGAAAUGUGAGCAGGCUACACAGGGAUCUGAGUGCAUCACAUCCGCCAGCUUUGAUGUCGACAUUGAAAACUUUGUUCACCAGCAGGAGCGGGAUCAUAAGCCUUUCUUCAGUGAAGAUCCAGAGCUGGACAACUUGAUGGUUAAAGCUAUUCAAGUGUUGCGGAUCCACUUAUUGGAGCUUGAGAAGGUCAAUGAACUCUGUAAGGAUUUCUGCAACCGAUACAUCACCUGCCUCAAAACCAAAAUGCACAGUGACAACCUUCUCCGUAACGACCUGGGGGGACCCUAUUCUCCUACGCACACUAAUCUCAGCAUGCAGCAGGAACUGAAUCAGACGUCCUCUUCUCCGUCCAUGACCUCUGUGUCCAACCCCGUCAACCCGCCAGGGAUCAUGGCACCCAGUGGGGGUUUGCAACAGGGCAAUGUUUCUCUGACGACCAUAAACUCUCAAGUGGUAUCGGGUGGGACCCUGUAUCAGCCGGUUGCCAUGGUGACAUCGCAAGGACAAGUGUUAACGCAGGCACUGCCACCGGGAACCAUUCAGAUCCAGAACUCACAGUUAAAUGUUGAUCUGUCAGCCCUAUUGGACAGCGAAGACAAGAAGUCAAGGAAUAAAAGGGGGGUCCUUCCCAAACAAGCCACCAACAUCAUGCGCUCAUGGCUCUUUCAGCAUCUCAUGCACCCGUACCCAACAGAAGAUGAGAAAAGGCAGAUUGCGGCACAAACAAGCUUGACGCUUUUGCAAGUGAAUAACUGGUUCAUUAAUGCUCGCCGGCGUAUCCUCCAGCCUAUGUUGGAUGCCAGUAACCCUGACCCAGCUCCUAAAGCAAAGAAGAUGAAGUCCCAGCAUCGUCCCACACAGCGUUUCUGGCCCGACUCCAUCGUGGCUGGUGUUUUGCAGACGCACAGAUCUCAAAUGGGAAACAAUUCAGACGACCCGCUCAGCCUGGACAGCCUCCAGUCGCUGUCAUCGGACUCUGCCACUCUGGCCAUGCAGCAAGCCAUGCUGGGAGCCGACGACUCCAUGGAUGGCACAGAGGAAGAGGAUGAAGAUGAGGAGGAGGAGGAGGAGGAGGAGGAAGAGGAAGGAAUGGAGGAUGAGGAAGAGGAGGAGGAUGGACAGAAUGAAAACAAUAGGGGGGGGGCGAUGCCCAGCGGAGGAGCAGAAAGAAGAAAUCUGAGCAUGGAGCACAGAGAGGAACUGGACAUGAUUUCUGAGAUGUCUGAUGUGAAUAGCUCUCUGGAGGUCAUGGCACAGCAUCUCAAUCAGAUUCAGGUGUUCAAAAUGUCCAUUGCCAAGGAAGCGGCAAAGGCCAUGCUAUCUGAUGCCCUGUUGCAGGACAGUUCUUCGUUAAACCGGAUCAACCAUCUGGAGUUGGAGCUUCCUUUGGACAGAGUCAUCAAAUACGUAUCUGUUGGUCUCCCGCUGUUGCUGGUCUGCAUGGCCUUUGCCCGUGAAGUGUCCCUCGGCCCACAGAUUAGCUGUUUUCCUCCCAGCAAUUUCACAAUGAAGCAGGCCAGCUAUGUGGAUACAUACUGCUGGGAUUCCCUCAUGCAUCACGAGUUUGAUAGCAAUGGGAACUUUGAGGAGCGCUCCCUUUGGGUACAUAAAAUGUUCCCAUAUUCUCUUCUGGCUAUGGCAGUGUUAAUGUAUCUGCCGGCUCUCAUCUGGCGCCAGCUUGUGGUGCCUUCGCUCGGCUCAGACCUGCUAUUCAUAAUUGAUGAACUAGACAAGUCAUAUAACCGCUCAGUUCGAUUGGCUCAGAGCAUCCUGGAUUUGCGGCAAAAUACCAAGAACCCAUUAACAUUUCAGGCAGAACUGCACAGAGCCAAGAGGAAGCGAUACUUUGAGUACCCCCUCCUGGAGAGAUACAUGCAGUGCAAGAAAAACUCCUAUUUCCUCGUGAGCAUGCUUUUCCUGCGGGGCUUCCUCCUGCUGACCUUCAUGACGGCUGCCUGUCUUUAUCUUGCCUACUUCCACCUGUCCGCCUUCCUGCAGGAUGAAUUCAGCUGUUUUGUGCGUAGCGGCAUGCUACGCGAUCAGAACUGGAUUCCUGAGCUGGUUCAAUGUAAAAUGAUCGGCCAGUUGGUCUUUCAGGUGAUAAGUGUAGCCAAUGGUGCCAUCUAUGUUCUGUUAGCACCAAUUGUCCUGUUCAGUAUCAUUAGGCUCUUUGUUUGGGACACCACCUUCAUCUCCGUAUAUGAGGUCCUUCCAGCCCUGGAUCUUCUCAACCAACGCAGGCUAGGGUGUCCCCUGAAUGAUCUCAAUGUGCUCUUGCUCUUCCUGCGGGCCAAUGUUGCACACCUAAAGUCAUAUGGGAAGGUUAGGGCUUUGUGCUCUCUGGCACCGCCGAUGGUUGGUCAGACUACAGCAGGACAAGGACUGAAUGCAAUGCUGAGCCAAGAGGAGAUUGAAGAAAGGGAGGAGGCCGCAAUGGAGUUGGCAGAGGAGGUGCAGGAAGCCAAAGAGGAAGGGAAGUUCAACCUUGUGGAUAUCAUGACUAUUCUGGGAGCGGCGCAGGGACGAAUUGUAAACUCCAACGAACAGAGGCCAAUGGUGGAGGAGAAUAUGAGUUUUGAGCCAAACCACCAGGGGUACCAUGAGUUGAAGGAGACUGCACCAUUUAAUCAUUACUAGGCCUCCUAUGGACUGUAUCAAUGUGAAAA